CUAUGAUCAUCACAAAGCGAGAACGAUCUGAGGAACAUCAUCGAUUAUAUAAAGAGAGAUAGAGAGUGAGAGAGAGAAUUUGAUUAUAUAUCGUUACGAGAGCAGUGAUAGGAAAUGGGGAUAAGCAGGUUGGGUUUUAUCGCAGGGCUGAUAUGGUUUAUGGCCAUGGAUUGGGAGGGCCUUUGCAUGGCUCAAAGCAGUGUUCACCGCUAUAAUUUUGUUCUACAAAAUGCCCAGUUUACAAGACUGUGCGAGACAAAGACUAUGCUUACUGUAAAUGGAAGUUUUCCAGGGCCAACAAUACAUGCUCGUAGAGGCGAUACAAUUUAUGUCAAUGUACACAAUGAAGGAGAUUACGGUGUCACGAUUCAUUGGCAUGGAGUGAAGCAGCCAAGAAAUCCAUGGUCUGACGGCCCCGAAAAUAUCACACAGUGCCCAAUUCAGCCAGGAAAAAACUUCACAUACGAGAUCAUAUUAUCUGAUGAAGAAGGAACUCUGUGGUGGCAUGCACAUAGCGACUGGACUCGAGCCACAGUCCAUGGUGCCAUUGUCAUCUCGCCGGCUCGUGGAACCACGUAUCCGUUUCCCGCACCUUAUGCAGAACGAACAAUUAUUAUUGGAUCUUGGUUUAAGGGUGAUGUGAAGGCGGUGAUUGACGAAGCUCUUGCAACUGGUGGUGGACCUGCAAUAUCCAACAGUCUUACCAUCAAUGGCCAGCCAGGAGAUCUCUAUCCAUGCUCCGAAGAAAACACAUACCGUUUGAAGGUUAAUUCUGGCAGGACUUACCUUCUGCGAGUCAUAAAUGCCGUGAUGAACGAAGAACAAUUCUUCGGAAUUGCGGGCCAUAGCCUCACAGUUGUUGGACAAGAUGCGGCAUACAUAAAACCCAUAACCACCAACUAUAUAAUGAUCACCCCAGGACAAACAAUGGACAUUUUGGUCACAGCAAAUCAGCCUCGAAGCUAUUAUUACAUUGCUUCUCACUCUUUUGCUGAUGGUGCUGGGAUUGCAUUUGACGAAACCACUACUACAGCUAUUUUCCAAUAUAAUGGCAACUAUAGCCGCCCUUCAUCUAUUCCACUCCCAGUCCUCCCAGUAUUUAAUGAUACUGCAGCUGCAGAAAACUACACCAGUCGUGUCAGGGGUUUAGCUAGCAGAGACCACCCUGUUAAUGUCCCUCAAACAAUUAACCGACGUCUUUAUAUUACAAUUGCUUUGAAUUUUUUGCCUUGCACCGAGGCAACAUGCACAGGACCAAAUCGGUUAGCUGCAAGCAUGAACAACGUCAGUUUUGCAGCUAAGCCAAUUGAUAUAUUGCAAGCCUACUAUAGAAGCAUCAAUGGUGUUUUCGACGCAGAUUUCCCAAGUGAGCCACAAAAGUAUUUCAACUUCACUGGAAAUAUGACGAGUAUUAAUGUCGCUACGGCCAAAGGGACAAAGGUGACGAUGUUGAAUUAUGGAGAAGCAGUUGAGAUAGUCUUUCAAGGGACUAAUUUGUUAGCUGAGAUGAACCAUCCUAUCCAUCUACAUGGAUUUAGUUUCUACCUGGUUGGUCAUGGAAAGGGUAAUUUCAACAACAAGACUGAUCCCAAGUCUUACAAUUUGAUCGAUCCUCCUGAAAUCAACACUGUUGCACUUCCUCGGAGCGGGUGGGCUGCCAUCAGAUUUGUCGCCAACAAUCCUGGGGUGUGGUUCAUCCAUUGUCACUUGGAAAAGCACUCAAGCUGGGGCAUGGACACAGUUCUCAUCGUGAGGAACGGCAGAACAAGGGCACAAAGUAUGCGCCCUCCUCCGGCGACCCUGCCAUCUUGCUCCUAGUCCUCCGCACUAUCGCAAGUGAAGCAAAUGACUGUUUAAUCAAGAUUUAAUUAUUUGAAUAAUGUAAUUUUUUUUGGCAGCAUUGUGGUCAUAUUGUGAUUUGAAUAAAUCCUUAAGAAAGAACAUUUCAUUUCAUUUUAUUUUUGUAAUAGGGAUUAGGGAACAUUUCAUUUGUAACUGUAAUGAAUGUUGCUUUUCUUGAUGGGCAAUGUCAGCCUUUUCCUCGCUAUUAAUUUAAUAAAAGAAUUUGGACCGACUUGUGUACUUUUCCACUCCAUGUCGGUAUUUUAAA